AUGGCGGCAGAACGCCAAGCUGAAGUCUAUGACUUGCUUAUUGUCGCCGACGCGACAGCUUCAAUGCAGACGUAUCUCACGUCUUUGCGCGUCUCUCUUCCACAGAUCAUCUCAGUUUCGGCCUUGACCAACUCCUUUUCGCGCAUCGGACUAUUGUACUAUCGCGACUAUGACAUGUCGGAUCCGCUAGAAUGGCACGGCUGGAUCGAGCCAUCGAAACUGGUCGGCCCAAACCAAAAUGACCAGCCUGACCUGGUUUCCAUUGCGAAAAAUGUUCAAGCAGAUGGAGGUGGUGAUUACGCUGAAGCAACAAAGACAGCGUUGGCCAAGGUCUACGAGGUCAGUAGAGCGGAAGCAACGACUAUAGUUCUUUUAUACACCGAUGCGCCUCCCCAUGCCAUAUCCAACGGUGGUAAAGGCCUGGAUGGCUAUGGCCCAACGGAGCGGAAGGCUCUGGAGAAAGGUAAACAUGCAAUCCAUGGACGUCACUUUGUCGACUGGACGUCGGCCUGCGGAACGUUACGAAACGGGGGCAAGCGUAUCCACGUCUAUACGAUAAUAGAUUCUUCCAUAUCUGAAGAAAAUUUGGGCUUCUACAAUUACCUAUCCACAAUGACCGGUGGGGCUUGCCUACAUCUCAAGAGAGGCUUGCAACAGCCUGCAGCGAUCUCCCGAAUUACAGUAGAGUUGCUGCUGACCUGGAUGGGAGUUGAAAAGGCUGGAUUAUCUGAUGCAGCUAAAAAUGAGGACCUAGGUGCCAUGUUGAGUCGGUAUAUCGACAUCUCGAACAUCAAAAAGGUCACAAACGAAUCUAGCAAAGACGCUCAAAAAUUCUUCAACUCAAACAUUAUUGGUAAUACGACUAAAAUUACGCUGACCCCUGAAACACUGAGAAAAUACCUACCGAAGAAAACGACUCCAGUUGCAGAGUUUACCCAGCAGUGGAAAAGUGAUGGAAAUUACCGAGAAUUCGCUAUUUCCCAUCUGGAACGGAUGAUUCAACACGAUGUCCGAGCAAUGGCUUUGAAUCCAGUACUGGGGAGUCUGUGGAGGAUCUUUUGCAACGACCGGACCAUUCCCAACCGUGAAGAGGUAUUGGCGUCUUUUAGCCAAGGAAUAACAAAAAUUUCGGACGAAAAGGAAAGGGCACAGAUGAAGGCUUGGCUGGAAGAAUCGUAUGACUUUGCGGCACAAAUCCAAGAGACCAUCGAAACCGUGCCAGAGGAAGCCCGUUUCCCAUGCGUCUACCUGGAUCCCACGUUGAAAUUUGAACGGGCGGAUUCCAACACCGACGACGACGAAGAUGCCAAUCGUGCGAUCACCGAAUUUAAACGCGACGAACUUCUGGAAAUAGGUCGUUCUUGUGAUUACAAAAUCCUGAGGCGAUUAGGCCGUAUUCUCACCCGGCUCACGUAUGUUGAGAAGGCUAGCGACAUGCCCCAGCACAUCACUAAAACGACCGACGAAGAUCUCCCUAAAAUUCCAAUUGCCCUUGCUUCUCAAGAAUACAAGACAAACUUCUGGAGAGUUCUCCUCCAUGCUGUUCUUCCAGGUACCAUGCUUGGGGCUCGCCCAGCUACACUCCUAGCAGCGCUCAGUCUUCGAAUGGGCGUUGAGCCCCUUAGAGAAGUCGCCGAACACCAGAUGAGGGCGUGGAAGACAAAAUGGAAUGACACCGAGGUUCCUGAGACCUGGAAUAUUGGGUGUCUCACAUUGCUCUUAGAUGCUGACAAGGCGUAUCGUCAACGACGCGAGAGUUCUGACCAAGAAAUUGGGGAAAGUCUGCUUCGUAAGAGUGACCGACGUAUCUUUGAGACUCUGGUCGACUUCAAAAUCUUGGAACGAAAUCUUGACACCCCCUUGGUAGCCAAGGUCGGAUGGACCCCGAAUAAAUCUUCUCUACCUAUGGGGCCAGUGGUGGAUUGUCGAAAAUGCAAAUUCCCCCGUUCCGUAACCAUUAUGGGCAAGAGUGGGCAGUGUGGAUUGUGUCUGACAGAUGAUUUCGAGACUAAGGAAGAGAGACUGACGCACAUAACCACUGAUGUAUCGAAGGACGACAACGAAUUGACGGAGGCAACAUGGGUAGAGUGCUCCGUUAUUACAUGUCGCGCCCAGUAUAUCGUCUACCACCAGGACUCUCUACGCGUACGGGCGAAAUGUCACUACUGUAGGUUGCAAAAAGAUCUCCCAGAAACUCAGCGGAGCGCCAGCCCUGCGCCUACCGUCGAGUGCGGACGAUGUCUGAAUCGCAUGAUCUACCCAAAGACUUACAGGCCGUCGCCAUUUUCCGAGUCGGAUUUCUUGUGCGUCGCAUGCACAUCCAGCCGGAUAACAAUCACGGAAACUGAAACAAGCGCGAAACAAAUUUCCGAUGAGAAUACUACCGACUGGUUGGCUGUAGACGCAGAAGCUCCAUCGAAGAGCCCCUUUAGCAAUCGGUCUGUUUACCACACGAUUACUACUAUUGGUACAGAUGAAUUCUUGAACCGUGUGAAAUUAUUUCCCAAGACCGAUGGCCCCCUUCGUCGCCGUGGAAAGGUCAUCCAUAACUCUCAGGAACUCAUCGAGAAACUCCAAAAGCAGGUAUCUCGCCGACAUGCCAAACGAGUCCCAUGUUCGCUUUGCUUCUCUGAAUUCCAGCCCCGUGAUCUUAAUGCAGCGUGUGGACGACGUGGAUGUUUCCAGCGCAUAUGUCGCGGUUGUCUUGAUGGAUGGUAUGGCCUCAAUUCUGCCGGGCGUAUCCUCAACACUGCGUCCUUGUUCUGUGCCUUUUGCCGCCGCCAGCCCCGGGCUCAGACACUCGCUAAACACGGUAUGGGGGUGCAUUCUGUCGGAAACCUCGCUCAAGCCGUACAAGACCAGGGUAACUGGAUUUAUGCGUGGUGCGAGUCGUGUGCGUACGCAAAACCGUUCGUUGAACGUGUCUGCGCGCGUGGUGUUCCAGCGGAUGUCGAACAUUGGGCUUGUGACGAAUGCCACGAACAACAAGCCCGUGAAGAAGAGGCCCGCCGACUAGAGGAGAUCGAGAGCCGUAGAAUAGCGGCUCAGAUCCAGGGGAAUAUUCGCGCGGCUGAAGAGGCAGAGAGAAACCGUCGUCGUUUAUUAAAAAAGAGGGAAGAAAAAAUCCAAAGCAAAAGGAAGCCUUGCCCUGGUUGUGGAGUGGAGUGUGAGAAGUCUAUGGGCUGCGGACAUAUGACUUGCCCAGUGCCCCGGUGUUUGACUCAUUGGUGCUUUUUCUGUGGCAAGAAAUGCGAUCCAAGGGGUAUAUAUCACCACAUGAGCACAGCCCAUGGAGGGUUCUUCGACGGUGACUCUGAGAGUGAAAGGGAAUAG